UUCUCUCGCCAGUCUGCUUUGCCCACCCUUAUCCUUUUGCAGUUUAACAUCCUCUUCUUAAACCCUCACUUUUCUCUCCUUCUCAAUUCUUCAACGAAAAUGUCUACCGUUACCAAACCCAUAUCCCUGGCAGACUCUUCUUGCCUUGUCUCUCUCCCUUCUCUCAUCACCACUUAUUCCAAAGCUCCGUCUCUCCUCUCUCUUCCUUCAAAACCCAUCAAGUUUUUCCUCUCAUCUUCUCAUUCUCUGACUUUUUCAACACUCGAAACAAAAACCCAUUUCCCUUCUCUAGUUUCCUUUGUGUUCCAGACUUCAGAUUGGGCCCAGAAAGAGGAAGAAAACGACACCACCAUAACCAUUGAUGGACAAAAGCAACAAGUCCAAGAACAAACUGAAAGUGAAGAAGAAGAAGAAUUAGCAUUGGAAAAUGAAGAAAGUGAUGGAGCUGAAGCAACGUUGUCUGAUUGGGAGCCAGAAGGUGAGGGUGAGGAUGCAGUUUUUGAAGGAGAGGGUGUUGAUUCAGAACUAGAGGACUCUAUCUCCGAACCUCCUGAGGAAGCUAAAUUGUUUGUUGGGAAUUUGCCUUAUGAUGUUGAUAGUCAAAGUUUGGCUAUGCUCUUUGAGAAAGCUGGAACUGUGGAAAUUGCUGAUGUUAUUUAUAAUAGGAAUACUGAGCAAAGUCGUGGCUUUGGGUUUGUAACUAUGAGUUCCAUUGAGGAAGCUGAGAAGGCUGCUGAAUUAUUCAAUCGUUACGAUCUUAAAGGAAGGCUCUUGACUGUUAAUAAGGCUUCUUCUAGAGGAUCACGAUUCGACCAACCCCCUCGUGUUUAUGAACCUGCUUUUAAAAUCUACGUGGGUAACCUUCCAUGGGAUGUGGAUAAUGCUCGACUGGAGCAGGUCUUCAGUGAACAUGGUAAAGUAGUGGAAGCUCGUGUAGUCUAUGAUAGGGAGACAGGCCGUUCACGUGGUUUUGGUUUUGUGACUAUGUCCUCAGAGACUGAACUGAAUGAUGCCAUUGCUGCUCUAGAUGGACAGAGCCUGGAUGGAAGAGCAAUAAGAGUAAAUGUUGCAGAGGAAAGACCAAGGCGAGGCUUCUUUUGAUUUGAAAUGAUUCUGCUGCUGUUGGCUUUAACCUCCUUGAUUAACUAUCUUUCUUUUUUUCUUUUUCUUUUCUUAAGAUUACGUUUAUAGUUUUGGAAAUUUUGCACGAUAUUCAGAGUUAUGAAACCAUCAUUUAAAGUAA